UAAACACAUCUCCGUCCAAUCCCUCUCACCAUCUCUCCUCCUAUCUGCAUAUUCUCGCACCCGCCGUUUUUAGGGUUUUUGCUCCGAGCUAGGGUUUUUGUCUCACUACAAUGGGCAGCAGCAACAAGGACAGCAUCAACGUCGCCGAUCUCGGCGCCGCAUUGAACGCGGAGAAUAAGGCUGACCUGGUUAACGCUCUAAAGAACAAGCUCCAGGAUCUAGCUGGUCAGCACUCCGACAUGCUCGAGAGUCUUUCCCCUGAUGUGAGGAAACGUGUCGACUCACUCAGGGACAUCCAGACUCAACAUGAUGAGUUGGAGUCAAAAUUUUUCGAAGAGAGAGCAGUGCUUGAAGCAAAAUACCAGAAGUUGUAUCAGCCUCUUUAUACAAAGAGGUUUGAAAUUGUUAAUGGCGACGUUGAAGUUGAAGGUGGUGCAGCUGAGAAGUCAGACCAAGAGGAGAAGGGUGUUCCUGAUUUUUGGCUCACUGCAAUGAAAAAUAAUGAAGUGCUUGCCGAAGAGAUUUCUGAGCGUGACGAGGGAGCUCUUAAAUUCCUCAAAGAUAUUAAAUGGUAUAGAAUAGAGAAUCCGAAGGGCUUCAAGCUAGAGUUCUAUUUUGACACUGCCAAUCCAUACUUUAAGAAUGCUGUAUUGACAAAAACUUACCAUAUGAUUGACGAAGAUGAACCUAUCUUGGAGAAAGCAAUUGGGACGGAGAUUGAGUGGCUUCCAGGAAAAUGUCUGACCCAAAAAAUUCUUAAGAAGAAACCAAAGAAAGGAUCCAAAAACACCAAACCGAUCACUAAAACCGAACAAUGUGAGAGUUUCUUCAACUUCUUCAGUCCUCCACAGGUUCCCGAUGACGAUGAUGAUAUUGAUGAAGAAGCUGCUGAAGAGCUCCAAAGUUUGAUGGAGCAGGAUUAUGACAUUGGGUCUACGAUCCGCGACAAAAUUAUUCCUCAUGCGGUGUCAUGGUUCACGGGAGAGGCUGCACAAGAUGAGUAUGGGGAUUUGGAUGACGAUGAAGAUGAUAUUGAAGAAGAUGACGAGGAAGAUGAGGAUGAGGAUGAUGAAGAAGACGAUGAUGAUGAUGAGGAUGCUGAAGAAGAAACCAAGACCAGGAAAAAGAAGAGUGGAAGGGCACCGGCUGCUGAAGGUCAGCAAGGCGAGAGGCCUCCGGAGUGCAAGCAACAGUAGUUGUUGAUCAUCCCAGCUACUUGAUUUACUCUCGAGCUCCAUUUUGUGUGGGAAUCGUUCAUGCGUGUUCUGAGUCGGCCAUAUAUUCGUGUAUUUACGAAACUUUCUAUUUCCCCCUCCAGUUUUCUUUUCGUUUAGAUGUUGCUUAUUUCAUUUUAGUUUUCAUUUGAGAGUUAUUUAAGUUAGAAAUGUCUUUGCUGGUGGUUAUGGUCUCCCUAUUGAAUCUUUAAAUAUAUUUAUUUCCAAUUUUGUAGUCGAA